CUUAUUAACAAAGCUGUGUACUGCGGUCUUUUGGUCACAACUCCGAUUUGUUGUGGUUUUAAGUGGUCUUUGGUUUCCUAUUAACAUAAAUACAAAUCGGAUGUAAAAAUAUGUUAGAUAUUAGGAUCAGGAAACGUAUCAAUUAUACCCUUUAAAUGGCAAAACAUUAGCUUUUGUUGUGUUAAAGUAAUUGGUAGGACAUGUAAAUCUUAUUCAAAUCAGUGCUUAUUGGAUUUCCUCGUUUAACCAACGGACAUAAUCGACUUAAUUGCAGCAGUUGAAAGAAAAACGCCUGUCAAUACAACUUUGCUAGUCAUAAUAACGUUUUGGAACCCUAAUCAGCCUGCAAUGUAAGCCACAAUGGUACGAAUCAAGCUAGUAAGGGGCAAUGAACAAGCACAGAAGAUUGUCCAUGCCAUCCUACUGAAAGAUCCUCCUUUUAUAGCAGUAGCAUGCAAGAGAGCAGGGGCAGAUAAGAAAGGUGAAAUCCUAUUGCUGACCAUCUCUACAUGGCAACAACAGGUGUACGUAUUUGACAUCAAGCAUAACCCAGGUUUCAUUGUUGAUGGCGGACUUUGGAGACUUCUAGAGUCAAACGUUCUUACGAAGGUUUGGCAUGACUGCCUCAAUGAUGCUGUAGGACUGAAGAAAUAUCACAAAGUCACCCCAAGAAAGGUGUAUGAUACACAGAUUGCGUAUGCUGUUCUUAUGGAACAAGAGGGCCUUCCAUCCAGACUUAUUGAUCUCAUAGACAUUUGUGACAAAUAUGGUAGAAAGGAUCACUUUGCCAAACUAUCAUGUAUCGCAAUCAGUGACCACAUGUUCUGGGGAAGACGUCCCCUAAACAAAGAGAUGUUGGACAUAGCAUCUAUGGAUGUUUUGCCACUUGUACCCAUCAUAUAUGAACAAUUGAACAGACAAAUGAAUAUAGAGAACAGUAUUAUAUUUGAGGACAUAUGUCAAGAAGGGAUCAAGGCCAGCAUACAGGGGAAACCAUUCUGCUUGGGCAUCAGGCAAGUCAGCAAGAUACCUAUCAUGAGACUGAACAGCGGCCAGGAACAGUUGUUGGACAGCACCAUACCAUUAUCUGCAAGAGGGACAAGUCCAAGUCUAUCUCCAAGGCUUACCUGA